AAACUAUUUCCGCGUCAUUCCUGCCUCGCGCCGUUUGAAGAGACAGUGGGAAACCAAAGCCUGUAGCCCCACCCACAGCCCCUGUUGCUAGCCAAUUGCGGCCUCAGUCUGGAUUUGGUGCAGCCAAUUGCGUUGGAGCUGCCACGGCGUCGGGUAGCAACAGAGGCUGUUGAAGGUGCGUGUACCCGAGAGCACAGAGAAGUUGAAAUGUUUUCAAAGACUGAAGGAACAAAAUGAGCUCGUGUGAGAGAACUGUUUAGUAGUAGGAAGGACGUGCAGCUGUCCACUAGUCACAUAGAGGUUAUAUUCAUAAAGACAACGUUUUAAACUCCCAAUUUUACUUGACCUAUUUAAUAAUGGAGAAAUCAAAUUCACAUAGAAUGAUAGUCCGAAUUUCCUUAAUCCGUUCUUGGUGACACCAUUAUACUACUCAUUCAUUUGAGGAUAACAAAAGCGAAGGGUCAGUUUUUUAGGUAAAGCAAGUAAUUUGAACCCCUCAAGGAGUGGGAUUAUUUAUGUUUUAGGGCAUCGUUAAAGGUGAAGUGUAAAGUCAUAUCUGAUUAAACCAACUUAUAAUGGCCUAUGUAUACGUGUAUAUAAAGUCCAGUAUAUAUAUCCUGCCGUUACUAUAAAUGGACAGGACCGGAGAGGUCUGCUUGGAACAGUCUACUACGAUCAGAGGGAAGGAUGUUGUCCCUCUAACUUGCUCUGGAUGUUGACAACAGUGGACGGAAAUCUACUGUUAUCCGAGAAGUUGCGUGUUGUGAAAUAACCUGACGUGUUGUGUCGCUAAUGUUAACUGAUGACCCGCCAGUGUCCGCACAGUGGCUUUUUCACUUGUGUGACGAGGCUGCGCCAGACACAGCAGCGCCGCCUCCCCCUGUCACGUCGACAUGGUACAGUCCGCUAUGGCAGGGUGGGGGAGCUGUGUGGGAGAGCGAGCACAGAUUCCGUUCAACGGAGAAGCGCUGAAAGAGAAACGGGCGAGAAACCUAAGUGUACGUCGCCCCCGGUGAAGGUUUCCACCAUGAAGGAAUAAAAACACACAAAGCUUGUAUUAAAAGCAAAAAGGACGUGAGUUGAGCGGAAAGAGAGCCGAAGUAGGCGGAAGAAGAAGCCCGUCAAGAAGCGACCGGAGGCGUAUGACAGCAAAGCUCAGGAAACUCCGCUGGAUUUGCUCCAUGUAAACUUAAGUUUGACGCGACUUUCAAGUUUUCGGUCCUUGUAGGCACCGUUGCUCGUGGUUUUAAUUCGGUGUCAUUACCUCGGAGGCUGACUCCUUCCUGGAUCGUGUUGCUGUGGUAAACGGUGGUGUUGGGAGUGUGGAAGCAGUUCUAUAUAAAUACAGGCCGUCAGCGACCUGACAUGCCUCACUCCUUAACACGCGGAAACGUCUGGCUCUUAAGGGCCAGGUCCUGGAUCUAAACUUUCUAAUUCUGUUUUUUUGUUACCACCACUCACUCGAUGACAAAAGGAGUGUGGUGAAGUGCAAAAGCGAACUUUAACAUUUCCGUUGGACCAGUGCGUGGAUGUGUGCUCUGAGGAACUUGGUCUGGAACUACAUGUCCGUGUGAAAUCAAUACGUUUGAGUGGACGGCUUUGUUUACACCUGUUUGUUAUCACAUAGACGAUCAGUGCAGUGUACGAGGAUUACUUUGUUUCCUAUUAUUUAAAAGAAGGUAGGUCAAGGGGAUCUGAGUGACCCUGGCGGCUCUGUGGCUCUGUGGAAUAGUGGCAGCCUGGACUCUGUGACAUUGCCAUUGCUGGACAGUGUGUGUCACUGGAUUAAUCUGAGUGUUAGCAUCACUCUUCACCCCUCCAUUCUGUCCAGUGACCAGUCCCCCACCCUUACCGAAAGCGACCAGUAAUUGGAGUUAUUUUUAGCGUAAGGGAUGGGGUAAAAGCGGGCAGCUGGAAACCCAAUUCCCCUCCACCUCUUCUAUUUUACCCCUUCUGUCACACUACCUUCUUCAACCCACCUGACAGCAUGCUGGGUGAACAUGGUUAGGGCAAACUAACUCCUAAUGUGCUUUGCAAGUAGGCUGGAAGAAUAUUAAAAGAUGAACUAAUUCUGCAGAACAAACGGAUCUGUUGGAACCAAACUGAAUUUGGAUUUUUGUGGAAGUUGGAAUACAAACUGUUUUGGUCCAUGGAAAAUGACUCUGCUAGCCAUGUAAACUGUUCUUGAACACUACUUUAAAAAUGGCUGAAGGAAAACUAGCUCCCCAUGUUUGCUUGGUCCUUCCUGGAAUUAAUUGAAUAUAUAAGAAGCAAGAAAACGUUUUUUUCUUUACUCUUAGACAUUUAGGUCAGAAUCCGAAAUAAGAUUAGCCUCUAAUAAACGAUGUGUUAGAGAAGACACCUUUCUUUGACUACCUAAAGCAUUGGUCACCAGCGAUCUGGAGUGGCACAAUCCUCCAGCACACAGAAAGAAUGCAUGAAACUGCCGAAACCAAUAUUAAUGAAAGCUAACCUGACUAACCAAAUAUCCUAUUUACUCCCACUCCCAAUGCCCAUAGAGGAACAGAGUUUAUAUGUAGAUUGAGAGAUUAUAUCUUUAGUUUAACUUCACAAAAGACAGAGAACGCAUCCUUUAUAUUUUUACUUCAGAGAGACAAGCUGCCUGUACACCAGUUGGUUGCCUUAGAAACCACAGUCACAAAAAAAAUUCUUACAAUAGAAAAUAAGCCAGAGAAGACGGUGCCUUUUGAUUGGUUGGUUGGUUUCCCACCAUUUCAAGCUUCGUUGAUUAAGUUGGAUGUAAACUGUUGAAGUGAACUCUGGGAUUGAAAACACGCCUAAUGACAGUUACCUGACCCCGUCACAAGCUCCGCCCACCUGUCAGAGUGUUGUGAGUGACAGUAUUUUCUUCUGGGAUUGAACAAUUGCCAAGCAUUUCCAUGGUGAUCACAUCAUCCUCUUCUGUGGAGGACAAAACUGUGGCCUCCUGCAGGAUGGUCCAGUCGGAACCCUGGAUCUCCUCUGCCCUGCUUCGAAAGAACAAGAGUGUAAGCAGCUCAGGAUGUCCGCCCACCUCCUCCUCCUCCUCCUCCUCCUCCUCCUCCUCCUCCACUGCCCAGGGCUUCUCCCUCGCUGAGCCAGCCAUGACCAGCCAGCACACACAUACACACCCCAACUUCAGCUCCAUCCACUCCAUGGCCGAGCAGCAGCAGGUGCUGUCUGAUAUGACCAUACUCCAGCGGAGGAUCCCCCCUAGUUUCAGAGACCCUGCCAGUGCCCCAUUGAGGAAACUCUCUGUUGACCUCAUCAAAACCUACAAGCCUCCUAAUGAGGUGUACUAUACUAAGAAGAAGCGGCGGGCCCAGCAGGUCCCACCAGAGGACAGCAGCACCAAGAAGGAGAGGAAAGUCUACAACGACGGUUAUGAUGACGACAACUACGACUAUAUUGUGAAAAAUGGAGAGAAGUGGCUGGACCGCUAUGAGAUAGACUCACUGAUUGGGAAGGGCUCUUUUGGACAGGUGGUCAAGGCCUACGACCACCAUGAGCAGGAGUGGGUUGCCAUAAAAAUCAUCAAGAACAAAAAGGCAUUUCUAAACCAGGCACAGAUUGAACUACGUCUGCUGGAGCUCAUGAACAAGCAUGACACUGAAAUGAAAUAUUACAUAGUCCACUUGAAGCGUCACUUUAUGUUUAGAAACCACCUCUGUUUGGUGUUUGAGUUGCUGAGCUACAACCUCUACGAUCUGUUGAGGAACACCAACUUCAGAGGAGUCUCCCUCAACCUCACCAGGAAAUUUGCACAGCAGCUCUGUACAGCGUUAUUAUUCCUGGCCACACCAGAGCUGUCAAUCAUCCACUGCGACCUGAAACCAGAGAACAUCCUGCUGUGUAACCCCAAGAGAUCUGCCAUUAAGAUAGUCGACUUUGGAUCCUCCUGCCAGCUCGGACAGAGGAUCUAUCAGUAUAUCCAGAGCAGGUUUUACCGCUCUCCAGAGGUUCUGUUGGGAAUGCCAUAUGACCUGGCCAUCGACAUGUGGUCACUGGGCUGCAUCUUGGUGGAGAUGCACACAGGAGAGCCACUCUUUAGUGGCUCCAAUGAGGUUGACCAGAUGAAUAAAAUAGUAGAGGUUCUGGGAGUCCCUCCCAGCCACAUGCUAGACGCAGCUCCUAAAGCCAGGAAGUAUUUUGACAAGCUCUCUGACGGCCUGUGGACAGUAAAGAAGAACAAGGACAUCAAGAAGGAGUAUAAGCCCCCAGCUACGCGGCGUCUCCAUGAAAUUCUGGGUGUGGAGACUGGGGGCCCCGGGGGCCGAAGGGCAGGGGAGCCAGGACACGCUCCUUGUGACUACCUGAAGUUUAAAGAUCUUAUCCUUCGCAUGUUGGACUACGACCCUAAAAGCCGUAUCACACCAUUCUACGCCCUGCAGCACAAUUUCUUCAAGAAGACGACAGAUGAGGGAACCAACACCAGUUCAUCGACAUCCACCUCUCCUGCCAUGGACCACUCACAUUCAACCUCCACUACUAGCUCUGUAUCUAGCUCUGGUGGCUCCAGUGGUUCUUCCAAUGACAACCGCAACUACCGCUACAGUAACCGCUACUACAACUCUGCUGUUACACAUUCAGACUAUGAGAUGACCAGCCCUCAGGCUCCCUCCCAGCAGCAGAUGAGGAUGUGGCCGGGCAGUGAUGGUGGAGGUGGGGGUCAGGACCCAGCAUACACCCAGUUGCUGCUCCACAAGCCGGCUGCCACCCAGCAACACCAGCGCCACUUCCUGGACGCGGCCCACCAUCCCCAUCCAACUUACUCCCACCACGGAAACGGCGGGAGAGGCCUGCGGCAGGGCGGGCAGACGGGCAUAGGUGGUGGGGGGGGCCAACAGGGAUCCUCGCCCCAGAUGAGUGACAGCAUGGAUGUGGGCGUGUCCCUAGGGCUGCACCACCUGGGGGCGGUGUCUUCCAUGGAGGCCUCUCAGUUUGGCUCAGCCUCCUUGCCCCUCGCUUUGCCAAUUGGACUGUCUGCCUUCCGGACUCGGACGGCCCCCACAGCCCCAGGGCAACAAGCCCCGACCCCUGAGGACUACUACCCUGCCUCCAACAACAAUAACCCUGCUGCGGGUGGCAGAGGGAGGCCGGACUCAGAUGAGGGGCCGGCCAACUCUUGAUAAAACCUGAACCAUGCCCUAAAGCCAUACAAUUUUAACUACAACUACUACAACUACACACAUACAGCCGGAGUUCAGAGACACAGAGGUGAACUUUGUGCUGCAAAGAGACAGUUUGUACUGCAUGAGAGGAGGAGGAGGAGGAAGGAGGAGGAGAAUGCUGGGAAAACUCUCCUUUUAUCCUGUUUUAGUUUGUUGUCUUUUGUUGCAACUGUAAUUGGAAAGGAAUGAAUCGAAAAAAGUUUGUUUUUAUUAUUAUUAUUAAUAAUAUUAUUAUUGUUGUUUAAUAUUUGAUUUUCUUUUUUCUCUCUCGGGUUUGAGGAGUUGUGUGCUCUACUUGGUUGUUGUUGUUUAAGCCUGGAGAGGAGGAGGAGGUGAAGAGGAAAGAGAGAGAGAGAGGAGCCAUGUUUUUCCAUUUUUACGCCACAUGGUGGCAGUAAAUGGUCAGAGAGCACAUUUCCAUGUUCACACCGGUUAGAUGUUAGUAUAUAUGUAGGUUUUGGAGGAGAGCGGUCUUAGUGCCCACACAUCGUUGUGUGUGUGUGUGUGUGUGUGUGUAUAUAUAUAUAUAUGUAUAUAUAUAUAUAUACAUAUAUAUAUUAAGUGUGCAUUAAGACUCUUUUGAAGAAAAGACAAGACCAACAUACUGUUUCUGUGAUUCAGGACCCUUUUCUCGGUGUUCAGUUUCUUCUUGACGUUUUCCUCCUUCUGUUGCUCCUCCUCGCCGUCUCCUGCUGGUUGUUACAAAGUUAUGGAGAGAGUUGGGGGGGGGGGGGGGGGGGGGGGGUGGAUGGAGGAGAAGGUGACGGGACACUGAUGCUCAUGGGGAUCUCCUCCUCCUUGUCCUCUUUUCCUGUUUUCUCACAUUUGUCCCCGCUCACUUCUUCAUCUCCUCCUCCUCCUCCUGUUGAGUUUCUCCUCCAGACAGCUCCUCCUCUCUGUGCUGCUAAUCACCAUGACAACUGGUCCGGAUUGCUGCUAAAGAUCCAACACAGAUCAAUUAAAGAAAUAAAAAGAAAUAGAAACAGAAAUAAUGAAAAAAAAAACUUUUUAACCCUUCUGCUUAAGAGAAACGGAUAAAGUAAGAACCACUGCAUCUCAAUGUAUUUAUUACUAUUUAACAAGAAAAAACAAACUGAAAG